GUAAAAAAAAUACGAGAUCCCAAGCAACAAAUUGAGAUGGUGGGUGUCCCAAAAGAGUACCUAUCUGGUCAUGCAUUCCACAUAAUUUCUUUUGAGUUUCAGCAUAAUGUCUGUGGUAGAUCAAUCUAUGCGGAGGGUACAGUUGAUGCUGCAAUUUUCCUUGCUAAGAAGGUGAUAAUGCUUGCUUCCUCAAAAUGCACCGCUCGAGUUCAAUCAAAGGCGGACAAAUUCAUCUACAGCAUGAUAGAUGUUUUGCGGGAGGGCGCCAUGAGAUGA